UCCUGCUGGCAGGUGAAGGAGGUCCGGAUCGGGCUGCAGACUCGGCUCACCUUACAGUUCUCACGGCUGGAACCAGGACGGGCAGCGUUCUGAGAGAGGAACAUCUUCAGAGGGUGAUGACAGAACAGUGUGUGGAGCAACAGACGUCUCAGGAGGAUGUCAGGACGAGUAGCAGAGGAGCUGCAAAGCAUGAAGGCAGAGAUUAUCAUUCUGAAGUUGAGGAUGUGACAGAGGAGCAUCAGAAGAUUGGCAGGAUGGUCGGUGAAUCUCUGCAGGCUGCAGAUCAGGAGCAACAGGAGCCGUCAGGCAAGAGCGAACCACUGUUGGUCAGGUCAAAAACUGUAGACAACUCCAUGCUGAUUCAGGUACAAUUAGAUUCAGAAUCCAAGAUGGAGAGAAAGAAGUCCCAAUACAACCAGCUUUCAAAGAGCAACUCUCAGUACCAUAAAAUAUUUAAGGAGAUCAGCAAAGAGGAACAGCUCAGGCAGAGUUACACCUGUGCUCUGCAGAAGGACAUCCUGUAUCAGGGGCGGAUGUUUGUCUCCGAUCACUGGAUCUGCUUCCACUCAAAGGUUUUUGGCAGAGACACCAAGAUUGCCAUCCCGGUGAUGUCGGUCACAAACAUCAAAAAGACCAAGACUGCUAUCCUGGUGCCAAAUGCUCUGGUGAUCGCCACCAAGAAUGACAGAUACGUGUUUGUGUCCUUCAUGUCCAGAGACAACACCUACAAGUUCCUGACGUCAGUGUGUCUCGACCUAGAGGAGAGGAGUCCAUGCAGCAGCCCUCUUCCUUCCUCGGCUGAACACAGCUUCAGAGGUCAAAGGUCGUUGCUGUCGCCUCGCUUUCCUAGGAGUACUUUUGGUGACCUGGAUGGAGCCAUGAGGCAGAGAAGGCAGGAGAUGGAGGAAAACAGCAGCUCUGACUCACAGGCCCCAGACUACGACAAGAUAACUGACUUGCCCAUUCCUCAUUUCCUGGACGCGCUGAAACAAAAAGGGAACACAUCUUCUCCAGAGCAGCAGCACAAAGUGAAGAAGCAGCAUCUGAACCAGCAGAGUUCUAACAACAAGCAGCAUACCUCAAACCAUUCCAGCUCAGAGGUGGUGAUCGACAGCAGAGUCAUGAAAUCAGUUCCUCUCAACACUCUGCUGAUUAUCUACAUGUUUCUCGUGUGCGUCCUGGUCUUGUCCUCCUGUUAUCUGGCCUUCAGGAUAAAUUCACUGGAACAGAGACUAACGAUGCUCGGCUCGGUAACCGACUUCACGCAUCACGAAAGCAGCUUUCUUUCUCAGAGUGCUGAUGUGAACACAGAGUUCUUCUCAGAACUGCUGACCAUCAACCUGCUGAAACUGGAGAAGGUGCAGAAGAACCUGCAGAGGCUGCUGGAAGAAGCUGUAUGAAUGUACUGGGAACCAGUAAAGGGAAAUGCUGCUUACGGCAUUGUAAAUACACUGCUGAUAUUUAAUUUAUUCUAUGCAGGUACAGAUACAAACUAUUAUCUGCAUGUCAUGUUUAAACCAGUAAUCCCCAGUAAUGAAAAGGAACAGACCUUCCAGCUACCAACACCUUCUCCUGAAUGAAAUAUCCACUUUCUUUCAAGUUGUCCAAAUAGUGACGCUUGCUUUUAAAAACUUAUUUUCACCAGAAAAAACAAACAGUGAAGUCAUCGUCUACCUCUACCUCUAAGAGGAAAAAUAUUUGCCUCUUAUAAAUGGAAAAAAGCUUUCAGAACCAACCUGGCUCAAUGUGAAAUAUUAACUGGCUUUGACUUUGACCUUCAUUUGAUUUGAUUUUUGAUUGAAUCAGAGGUGGAUCGUUGUCUUGGAGAACGUCAAGAUGUUUUUAGUAAAUAUGAGUUGGGCCUUUGUGGCUUUGUUUUGGGUGAGCAGUGGUUCAGACCUUGGACCUCCCCCAUGGAGGCCAUUUUUGCCCAGUCUCUGGCCCUGUCCCAAUACCCACACUACACCUUAUGUCCCUCUAUGACAUGUUUACUUUGUGCAUGUAAGGGUUGAAGUGCGCAGGUUACAAGCGUGCAAAAUUGGAGAAUUGGGACAGUAGGGGUUACGUCAUCGACUUGCACCUCUGCACCGUAACUGCAACAUCAAAA